AUGGAGGGUAGAGCAAAGAAGAUACUGAAUUUGGCGAUACGAAAUAUCCGAGAACUACACAAUCAACAUGUUGACGACGUUCAACCAAUGCCCAAUUCAUCUGAAAUAACUGUGAAAGUCGGAAGCCCUAAAGCCAUUACAGUUUCUGAUCUGAAUGCUACAAACGAUCUGAGACCAAUAACCAGUACGUCCAAUGAGGCUAUAGAAGUAGAAUGCACUAAAACCAUUAUAGAUUCUGUAUUAAACGUUACUGAUGAUAUUGAACGGACGCCCGGAACAUCCAAACAGGUUAUAGAAAUAAAAAGCCCUGAAAAUGUGUAUUAUGCUCCGACACAAACUGGCCCAACUAAGCUAACAUUAAGGAAAGUUUCUAGACGAUUAUACCACGAGGAUUCGGAAAAUGAGGAAGCCUUCUCAGCGGAGGAGAGUGACGAGUAUUUGCCAUCAGAUACGGAUCAAUCCACUAGUGCUAGUGAUUCAGAGAACAAAACCGAUUUCAAUUCGCUCGAUGUUAAUAACUCUCCUAUCAAAAAAGGAAAGAAAAGACAGCGCAAUCCAGCAGAUUGGAAGAGAAAUAAAUCUAAAAUCCUAAAAAAUAUGGGAAAGGAAUAUGUAUCUCAUACUGGCAAGUUUGUUAAAGAGAAAGUAAUAAAGCCACCCUGCUCAGAGCGUUGCAAGCUUGGAUGCCAGAAUAAACUUUCUGAGGAUCAUAGAACCAAGUUAUUUAUGGAUUAUUGGAAAUUAGGUUCACUACAGCGUCAGCGCGACUUCUUAGGCUCGUGCGUUGAACCACUAGUUACUAAAUAUAGGCGGAUAUCAGGUGCAGAUGCUAGACGUAGAAAUUGUGUAUUUUAUUUGACAAAUAGUGGUAUGAGGAUGCGUGUAUGCAAAACAUUUUUGAUAAAUACAUUUGGAAAUACAGAAAGAACUAUUCGAACAUUUAUUCAAAGCAUAGUUUCUGAUAAUGGAAUGAUACCCCAAGAUAAGCGUGGAAAACAUGGAAGACAAAUGAAGAUUGACCAAGAGAUACUCGAAUCUGUGAGAUUUCACAUAAAUUCCAUACCAAGGGUGGAGAGCCACUAUUUACGUGCUAACACUACAAGGGAAUUCAUAGAUGGGGGGCUGAGUAUUGCAGAAAUGCACCGACAUUACAAAGCAGAACGGAAGUCAGACAACAAACAAGCAGCCAAUUAUGACACCUAUGCUCGGAUAUUCAACACCGAGUUUAACAUUGGAUUUUUUGUACCGCGCAAAGAUCAAUGCGAUUUAUGUGAAUCGUAUAAAAAAUGCAAAAAAUGA